AUGCCCAACGCUACUUCAGCAGUUACCUCUACACAAGCAAACGGUCACGCUUCUCCGCAGCCUUCCAAGAGGUCCAGUAAAAAGAACAGAAACAGGUACUCAGCUAGCAAUAAAGUCGAAAACGUUCAAGGUGACAAACACGGUCAAGAAGUUCCGACUGCAUCCGUCGAUAAAGACGUAAACGGUGUAAUUGACACCGAAACGCCUGUUCUCGUCGGUUCAUUAAAUGGUAGGAAUGAUUCUUGUCAAACAUCACAAAGACACAAAAUUAAGAAGAAUUCAUUGGAAAUUGAAACUGAAAAUAAUCCCCGGUUUUGCUUACCUGAACUAGAGUCUCCGGUCAUACCACCUGGGAAUGUUGACAAUGGGUCAGACCCCGCUAAUAAGAACAAGAUACCAUAUGUUGAAGUAGUUGCAAAGAGGUUACGAGCUGAGAAAAAAAGGAUGCUUAAAAUUGAAAAAGCGGAAGCGCUCCUUAACUCUGGGCCAGAGGGAAAAUCGAAACUUCAUGCCGAGCAAUUACAGAAUUUGGAGAGGAAAAACGAAGUUUCGACAACCAUCAGAAUGUUUGAGGAAGUGCUACAGAGUAUGGCUGUGAUUGAAGCAGAAGAAAUGAAGAAUAAACAGAGAGAAAAGAAGGCUCAGGAAGCUGAACGUGCACAGGCUAUUGAGCAAGCUCUGAAAGAACAAGAGGCAAGUCUCAUGAAAAUUCACUCUCGGAAUGACGCCAAACACUUCUGA